CCCGAGCAAGGCCCCGAAUCCCAAAAAACCAAAACCCCACAAUUCCUAUUUUUCCCCGCUCAGUUCCUAAAGGACCUCAAAUUCUUUCCCCUCUUCUUCCCCCCAAAUCCCGCAGAAACCCCAACCCAAAUCCCCUUCCCCCCAUCCCCCCAAAAAAACCAUGGAGGACGAGAAGACUGCAAAAGUCAAGAAGAAGAGUGCCACUCACCGCAAGUCCCUUUCCUGUGAAUACUGCAGUCGCUCGUUCGCCCGUUUGGAACAUCUCCAACGCCAUCUCCGCACCCAUACCAAAGAAAAGCCUUUCUCAUGUGACAUUUGCUCCAAGUCCUUCGCCCGGAGUGACCUGCUGGUGCGACAUGAACGAUUGGUGCACCCUGCCGAAACUGCGGCCGGUCGAGAACACCGCGCCCACAACGGCGAUAACCAUCACCACGAGAUUUCAAUCCAGUCGACGAUAAUCCAACCCGCUGCACACCAUGAAUCUCGCAUGUUAGAGCUGGCCGAUGCCAUCCCGGUCCAUACACAAGUCCCCCCUCCACCUCCCGAGGUGCAGGUUCAACCACCUCCGAUCGUCGAGACCACCCAUUUCAAUCCCUCUUGGGGCUACGACUUGAAUCUACUGUCGCACGCCGCUAGUCAUGUCGCACUGGAAGGACAGCAGGAGAACUUGGAGUCCAUUCGAAAAUCAUCCCAUACGAUUGGCACGCCAUCCCAACACUUACCACCGGUCCCGGAGCGAGGAAUAACCGAUAAUUAUGGUGUAGAACCGUCGAUUCUCGACCUCACCGAUCUGGGUGACCCGGUCCAAGACUUUACCGUCUUCCUAGAGAGCGUGGGCUUGUCGUCUGACUGGGACUCGGGGGUCUUCUCGUCGGUCGAAGAACCCAUGUUACCGCCGAGCCUAUCAAUGGAUUCCAAGCAGCAAGUCAGAGAGGCUACCGCGUCGACGAGGUUAGGAGGUGACCUAAUGAGCGACCAGCGCGGUCCGGCGGACGAACAGCCCUCUUUCUCAAAUUUCGGGUCCAGGUUACCUUCUCUACAGCCGGAGUCUCACGAGAUCGAGGACCGUAUUGGUCUCUCCGACGAAGGCGCCCGGCCCGCAUGGGAUAUAACCAAUGCCGAUCGUCAAAUUUUUGUCCAAAAACUGGAAGAAUUCUCCUUUGUUCUUCCCAAGGGCUUUGUUCCUCCGUCACGGCAUACCCUAUCUCGCUUCUUCGCAGGGUAUAUUAACGGUCUGAAUGAACAUCUCCCGUUUGUGCAUGUGCCGACCUUGUCAAUUGCCAAGUGCUCACCAGAGCUCACAUUGGCUACGGCAGCUGCCGGAUCACAUUAUCGCUUUGAAAAUGGCCGAGGAAUUGACCUCUUCCAUGCGGCCAAAGCAAUUCUAUUAGAGCGCCUUCGCCGCAGGGACAGCCGGCAAGUGCCUCAUCCAUCGUGGAAUUAUAUUUCUCCUCCCUCGGGCUUCCACAAUUCGCGCGGUUCGUCGAUGAUCUCGAACACAGCGAGCAGCCCGUUUCAGAGUCAGCAUAUGCACAACCCGCCCGUGAACCCUUCCAUCUACACCCCCGACGAUUCCGACGCACAUAUGGAAGUGAUACGGACGUUCCUGCUACUGACCGUGUUUGCUUCUUGGGAGAGACACCCGGAACUCCUGCGGGAGAUUCUCUCGCUGCAGAGCACAUUGGCAAGACUCGUCCGAGAACACGGUCUGGCCGAACUUCCCCCUAGUUCAGAGCCUAUCGGCUGGGAAGAGUGGGUUCGUAGAGAGGGUAACAGACGGACGAAACUGAUCGUCUACUGCUUCUUCAAUCUUCACUCCAUCAUGUACAAUAUUCCUCCCUUGAUUCUCAAUGGGGAGCUGAAAUUGAACAUGCCUUGCUCCCACGACCUCUGGAAGGCCAACAAUGCCGUCCAAUGGCGACGCCUUCAGCGUAUCCGACAAGGCUCAGAUGUCCCCUUCCAGGACGCAUUUGCCCGACUCUUCCUGAAAUCCUCGACCUCCUUCCCUUCAGCUCCUAUAUCUCCCUUGGGUAACUAUAUCCUGAUCCAUGCCAUUAUACAGCAAAUCUUCUUUGCCCGGCAACUCUGUCUAUCGGCCCCGAAUAUGCAGGGGACCAGCCUACGACAGGAAGAUCUCAACGUGUUGGACAACUCCUUGAGCGCCUGGAAAGCAUUGUGGAAACGCACGCCCGAAUCCAGCAUCGACCCUCAGAAUCCUGCCGGCCCCAUCGCAUUCACCUCGACUGCACUUCUGGGUCUCGCAUAUAUUCGACUUCACGUCGACCUGGGACCCUGUCGCCACCUGAUUACCCAAGACCCCCAUCAGAUCGCUGGAGCACUCGGGGAAUCCCCACCCCUCGUCCGCAGCCCACGUCUUAUCAUGGCACUCUUGCACUCCGCGCACGCACUAUCCAUCCCAGUACGACUGGGCAUCGACUUUGUUGCUCGCACGCACUCUUUCUUCUGGAGUAUCCAGCACUCGCUGUGCAGUUUGGAAUGUGCCUUCUUGCUCAGUCGCUGGCUGCUCGCCAUCCCCGCGACGCAGUCCGAGCAGCGUCUCUCGGAACAUGAGCGGAAACUUCUCCUGUGGAUCAAGAGCAUGAUGGAUGAAACCGACAUGGCCGUUGACCCACCCGGAGCGCCGGACCUGGAGUUCAUGGCGAAUCCGUACAAGGUGCGUCAGCUCAGCGUUGCGAUCGUGCGCGUGUGGGCGCGUACAUUCAAGGGGAAUACUAGCUGGGCUAUUGUAGACUUGGUGGGAUCCAGUUUAGAUGCCUAUGCAGAUCUCUUGGAGAGCUGGACUGCCUCCUAGAGAGCGGACAAGGGGGAAAGGCAAGGAUACAAAAAUAUCUCUGCCUGACCACGCCUCCAGUGACAACCACGUAAUGACGCCUUUCCUUGGACCACAUGGCCUUUCUUUUUGACCUUUUGACCUUUUGACGAACAUGAUAUCUAGCGGAGUUUUUGAGUUUUUCAUUUUCUGUAUAUGCGAGGAUUGGGAUUGAUCACUCUGGGACGAUUAUUCAUUUUUGACGGUCUGCUUUCAUGGUUCUGUAUGUAUUAUGAUUUUCAGCCCUUGUGAUUGCUGUCUAUACCCGGUGAUGCGCGCGUUUCUAUCUAGCCAGGGCAUGGAAUGAUGAUCCUUGUUUAGCCCUAGUUGAUUCUUGAUUCUUCCUUCUCUUUCCUUUAAAAACGAUUUGGAUUCAGAUUUGGUUUUGGCCUGGUUGAAUGGAAUGCAUUCAAUACCCUGCGAAGAGGAUUUGUCCAGGCGAGACUUCUGUAUUUGCAGGAUGGGUUUUCGGUUGACACCCGGUCCAGGAUUCAUUAUGAGCCGUUUAUGUGAUUUCGUCACGUCGUAAAUUUUCCACAUGCUCGUCUACCAAGUCAGUCCCAUGCAGUCAAGACAGCGCUUGCCCACAAAUGAGAUUGUGGUAUCAAACAUUCUUCUGCGCUACUUUCACUCGAUUCUUCAUCACGCUCGCCGGCACAAAACGCAGCGCAGACAUAGACUGAGCCAGGCUGUCAACCUCCAUCUCGUCCGAAAUUUUCUGAGAUCGAACGGGAGACUGAGGCACUGCGCUCGGUUGGGACACCGAGUUCCGGUGCCGCAGUCGUCCCUCCUGGAUAGACGAGAUGGAGGCCGAGGAAAUCCGACGUCUGCUGCUCUUGUUCAGCGGUCUCAAUAGCGAAGUUUGAUUGUCAAUGCCGUCG